AUUUUGGAAAGGCGGUUAAUUAAUGACGGUUAGGUAGCAAGUAUGGUUGUCGGACAUUGUCUUCAUCACCAGGCAAGUCUGGAAAGACAAAAGUGGUCAUUCCGUUCCCAACCAGCUCAACAACUGGCUGACUAACGGUGUACGACCAGGUCAGCCGACCACUUCAUCGGAAAUUAGGCCGCUGGGGUGAACUGGCACUAAUCCAAGUCAGUGUUGAGUCAAAGUCGAGAGAUUACCAAUAAAGCACCAAAGUGGUCGACGGCAUCUCAAUAUGGCGGGAAGCUGGUUCCCGUGAUCCCGUUCAGGCCUGAGUCUCGACCUCCGUUCAGGCAUCGAAGCUCCCCCUAAUGCAACCCCACCGGGCAUCCCACGUGAGAGUCUUGGCCCUAGCCCUUAUCACCAGCAUCCAACUUGCCUGAUUUGGCUGUUCGGAGUGACGUCGACCGGUAAAUGGCGGUGAUAUCAAUGGCCGGUGAUUAAUUUUUUUUUAUGGGCAUUUGCCUGCCCUCUGAUGGAGUACACAUAUCCACUCUUUCUCCAUACCUGUGCUGUCCACACAGUCCUUUCCGGAUACAGGUAUAUAACCUGUCUUCUCUCCCCAUCGUCCCCUGAAGCUUAUCCUUCCCAUUGACCAUCUCCCCCGCCAUACCCGUCAAUUGCUUCCUUUCCUUUAUACAAGCUCCUGAGACUUUCAGACAUCAUGUCCCCGCCGGCGAUCAUUGCCCCGUCCAUCUUGAGCGCGGAUUUCGCGACUCUGGGAAGCGAAUGCUCCACGAAGAUGGCCCAGGGCUCAGACUGGCUCCAUGUCGACAUCAUGGACGGCCACUUCGUUCCUAACAUCACCUUCGGAGCUCCCGUUGUCACCAAGAUCCGGUCUCAUGUCGACCGUCCAACCCAGCCCCAUGGCCGGGGCACCUUUGACUGCCAUAUGAUGAUCAUGGAGCCACAUAAAUGGGUCAAGGAGUUCAAGAACGCCGGAUGCGACCUCUACUGUUUCCACUACGAAGCCGCCAUAGCUUCCGUCGCAGCGACCGAGCCUGCCGACUCGACAACCACUCGCAAGACGAGUCCGAAGGAAUUAAUCCGAUAUAUCCACGAAGAGGGCAUGCAAGCCGGUAUUGCUAUCAAGCCUGACACACCGGUGGACGUACUGUGGGAGAUUCUCGAGAGCGAAGACGAAAAAGAACGCCCAGAUAUGGUCCUCGUCAUGACCGUGUACCCCGGCUUUGGCGGUCAGAAAUUCAUGGCCUCUGAGCUGCCCAAGGUGCAGGCUCUCCGUGAGCGAUACCCUAAUUUGAACAUCGAGGUUGAUGGCGGACUGGGGCUCGGGACGGUGGACCAGGCCGCUGAAGCAGGAGCCAAUGUGAUUGUCGCUGGUUCGGCGGUUUUUGGUGCCCAGGAUCCUGCCGACGUCAUCGCAAAGCUUCGCGAAGCUGUUAACAAACACCACAAGCUUUAAAAGUAAUUUUUCUUACUAUAUUUCAUGUGACAUGAUAUUUUAAUCGCGCAUCGCCGGUAAUUGCUUUCUUUUCGUUUCUUCUCUUCCAUUUUUACCUUUCUCCUCACACUAAGGGCUUUUUAUUGAUCUCCGUUUUCGUCUUGACUUUAGGCCAUGUGAUGGUUUAAAAGGUGGGCAAGGGUUGGUAUACGGUAAUAUCCGAUACAUCGGGUUUGGAGUAUGUACCUAGAGAUGUGUUGCAUAGACUAGUAAAUACGGCUGAAGGAUAAAUAAAAACUACA